CACCCUCUGCUCGAAGCCUGGAAGCGCCGCCGGGUUGGAGAACUGCAGCUCCAUGAAGACGGACUGCGGAGGAGCUCGGGGGAACUUGGUGGCCAUGUGGUUGAAGUCCGUGUAUUUGGGUAACUUGGCCAAAAUACGCUCGGGAACUUCCGGCUCGUCCGAGUCGUCGAAGUGUUUCACGGAGAUGAGCUCCAGCCCUAAAGAGUCGGCGAAGCGAACCUUUUUCUGACUUGUCGGACUUCUGCUGCGGGAGAUCUCCAGCUUGGCCCUCUCCGUGGAAGUCGGGAGAGACUUGCAUCUCCGGCGCAGGCUGGGACUCUGCGGGGGCUUCAGGAAGGUCUCCCGGCCGCGCGGUCGCUCGUCCACGACGGGGCUCUCGACGGGCUCGCAGGUGCCGUCCAUGAUGUCCAUCUCCUCGCCAUCUUCCAGGCGUGUGUUGGCCGCCGCCAGGCUGCCGAAGAGCCCGGCGAUGCAGCUGUAGUUCCUGGGCAGGCAGGUCUUGGGGGGCAGCAUGACUACGGUAGGGCGCACGGACUCUGCUUCCAUACAACGCCGCAGACCCUGCACUGCGGAGCCGAGCUCGGUAGUCGUGAGGAGGAAGGGGGAAGGAGGAAGACGACCGGCGAGUGGUGGGAGAGAUGAAGCUGUCAGGUGUCAGUGCCCCACUCGCCGAUUGGCGCCCGGGCUGCGUCACGUUGACUCCCGAGACCCGCACCAAUAGACGGAGGUGUUGUUCCGCGCAGUUUGCUGUCCGUUUGAAUUUAUUUAUAUGAGAAGUGCUGCACGAAGCGAAGCGACUGAACAGCUUCCCCUGCAGGCGAACACAGCAGUGACGUGGGCUCACUUUGACGUGUACGUGCAGAACGGAGCGUUGCACAAAAUGGUCCCCCCCCCCUCCCUCCCCUUGUAAUGCACCCCGCAUAUGCAGUUUCACGAACAUGAUUAUAUAAAUAUUUGAAUCGCAUGCGGCGCGACUAUGAGCAUCAGCUGUGCAAAUGCGUUGCAUAACAGAAUAAGUCAUUCAACCAUGCCAGACCGGGCUGCAGCAGUCAUCUCUGCCCCGCCCUCUUUCACACGUCACAAACUGCAAAAGAAGUGUUGCCAUGACGACAGCGUUGCGCCGCACAUACACUCAGCGGCACCGAAAGAGCUUGGUUGGAAUAUAAAGUAUGUUUAAAGCUUGUAAAACGCAAACCAUACAAGCUUCUCUAUGAUGGUGCAUGCUACAAGAAAUCUGUGAAGAUGCAUAACUCUUGAAAGAGUGGCCGCAAGAAUCCAUCCCAGGGCUCACUGAUGGGUGGGAGGGGUAUUUAACAGACACAGCAUUGUAGUCUUCUCAACUAUUCGAGGGGAGCUCACAGCUAUGAAUGGAUCAGACGAGGAGAUUCCAGAUGAGGAAGAUGCGGCUGAGUUUUACAGAGCACAAAGGAUUCAUGUGGAUGCCCUUCUUGACAUAAGUGAGGAGGCCUUUUUGAAAGAAGUGGAGCCGUAUGAGUAUCACUGCUAUCCUGGUUGGGAAGAGGCUGUGUGUGGCUGGGACAGAGUGGCUCCAAUCAGUGGCAUUCUUCUUCCUCAAAAGAGAGACAAGAAACCAAAGCAGCGCAAGGAGACAGACAACCCAGCACCCUUGCACAUAGUUGAACCAACAACCUCUUGCGGCGACACCUUAGCCAGCGGCGGUGAACACUGCAGUCGUCCUCAGACGAGCCUUCCAUCGUUGCUUCCAGUCAUUCCGAUUCUCCAUACAUUUGGCCAGUUCCUUGUACCAAUUUGCUGGCUGGCAGCUCCUGAUGCCUUUGGCAGUGCCCUGCUAGUCUCAUUCUCCUUACAGCAAUCUUCUCGCUCACCCUAGGUAUUCCCCUGUAGAGGACUCUGUAGAGGACUCUCUGUUGGACCCCAAUGAAUAAUAGUGGAUGCAUGCAGAGUGAGUAAUUGAAGCAGUGCUCUGUCAUCCUGUCGACCAGAGUACAUAAUUACUACAUCUGCCAGAAGAACUGCCAAAUCACUGUAGAUUAUGAAUAACAUGCUUGAUCCAUGUCCCAAUUAUGCAUACUGCUUGAGUUUUUUAUGCAGCUACUCACUGGUACAAAUGUGAUCCUCGUGCUGUCCAAGCCUAAAAUUGCUGACACUGACAAGUCUUUCAACCACACUGGCAUUAGAGCUGGAACAGAUUCUGUGUAAAUGGGAAUGACGUAAUGCUGGGGCAAGAGUGUGAAGUGUAAGAGUCUCCGGACCGGUGGAAGGCAAUUGUCAUUGUCGAACAAGUAGCUUAUAUGACACACCAAAUGCAGGUGUGGACACUGUCACACAUUUAACCAGAUAUGUGAGCUUCAUUUAAGAAAAUAAAAUUGAGACAAAGAGGAACAUUUCUAUCAGCAUGAAGUUCUGCCACGCAAACCCCGAUAUACAGUUUUGAAAAUCAAGACUACAUUUCCUGCAAUCGGGUGCAUUUCUACACUAUACUUUACCUUUAUUCUCAUCUACCAACCAUUUUUGGCUGUUUUUUUCCACUUGCAUGUCCCAUGUAAUGUACUGUAGAAUUUU